UAGUGUACCGUCCACAGACCGACGGUAUCUCGGAACAAUCGAACAAGACAGUUACCCAGGUGUUGCGAGCUUGGACGGAUGAUCAAGGCAGAAACUGGAGCGACCACCUUCAACAGGUCGCCUUUGCCAUGAACAACACUGUACGUUGCUCUACAAACUUUACCCCUGCAGAACUAGUAUUUGGCAAUCGUCCCACUCUCACCCCACUUAUCCUGGCCCACACCAACUCCACCGCUGCCGCCGGUUUUCACCCAACAAAGGAAGAAUGGAAAAUUGCCGUGUGA